AUGGGAGGUCACUGGCCAAACCGAUUUCGCCCAAGGGGCAAUCCCCUGCAGGCGGCGAUGCAAUCGUGUCGAACUUACUUCGAUGGCGGUGUCUCUAGCAGCUGUGCGGCUAUCUACUCUGCGAGACGAAACAGAAUUGCAUCACUUUGCACGUACUGUUCAAAAAAUGGUCUACAUAGUACAGAACCUCCAAGGUUAGCUCAGCGACCACCCGGCACUGCCGCUGGCAACCACGAUGUGAACCGGACACACUCUACGGCGAGCAAACAUCCAACUCCAGACCAGAGCGAUGUUCAGCUCUUGCCUGAGAUGUUCCCCCGUGCCGUUUACAUACACAUGCCAUUCUGCAUGAAACGAUGUCAUUUUUGUGCCUUCCCAGUAACCCUUCUGCCAGCAACUCCUCGGUACCCGCCCGGCUCGGGGUCGCGUCCCCCGGACUCUCAACCCCGAACGGGAAAUUUCUGCUCGUUGUCAACGAAACAUGACUCCAGUGAACCUCGUACGACGAGCUUCCGACAGGGCCGGUGUAGGGACGUGUCCGCUGACCUCUCCAAAAGUUUUUUCCGGAGCAUUUACUUCGGCGGUGGUUCACCAUCGCUCAUACCACCUCGCUUGCUGCAGCGAGUGCUUGCCGUCCUGGAGACAGAGGCUCACAGUUUGGAGCGAUCAACGACGAGGGGGGUUCCCUCGUCAGCUGUGGCGUGCCGAGGGCGCGUGCAGCCAAAUCCCUUGUCCACACGUUUGUGCAUAGGCACGAUCGACUCCAAAGAGCACCUCGAGGAGCUUGCAGAACUAGGAGUCACACGGUUCAGCGUUGGCGUUCAGACGUUUGACGACACCAUUCUGAAACGAUUGGGACGCUCGAAUGACCGUGCUGCUAACGUGCGUGUGCUUCGCCUUCUAAGCGAAAUCGUCCGCGAGUAUGCACGACGGGGAAGGAAGCUUUCAGUGUCGACUGACAUCCUGCUGUCAUUCCAGCGGCGAGACCAGCUUCUGGAAGAUCUAAGUUGGCUCGUUCAUCAUGAAUUCGAGCAUUACGAGAUAUCUUCCUUCGCCCGCAUCGAUCAUCACAACGACAAUUCGUCCUACCCCAAGGACACCUGCGAUAAUGUAUUCAAGCGACAAGAAAUCGAACAAGGGUACCGAUGCUUGCAUCAUGAGGCCUAUUGGCGCUCGGAGCCUUUUUUCGGCUUUGGUAUGGGUGCCUCGUCGUUCGUAAACCUGCACAGGUGGACGAGGCCAAACAGGCUUGAGGCAUAUCUGGAAUGGGUUCGUGGCUCUCUGUCGCGAGACGGAUUUUUUGCUGCUACCUCGACACCGAUAGUUCUGUACAAGGACCCGCGUCAGCACCACAUCGCAGACCGGGGGGGCGAAGCUGGUGUACGUCGAGCUGAUCUCGGAGAGAGGUACACCAUUAACAGGGAAUCGAAACAACCCGAAUCCAAAGCAACUUCCAAUUCAAAACUCCGAAAAGGUAUUUCCCAGCCAAGUAAAGACCGCGCUAUGACGAGACGUUCAGACACACCACUCAGGAAAGAAGCACGGUGCACUUUUACGUAUACAGGCGCCAUCAACGUGGAAACACGAGCCGGGAAGGGGAACGAGUCCAAUCGCAGUUUCGAACUCGACCGAAAACUGCAGCAGGCUCCUGUUCCACGCGUGCCCAGGACGCAUCUUCAGGUGACGCGCUGCAACUCUGUCGGACGCACCCUUCAGCAGAUACACUAUCGUCUAGCAGUCGAGGCGAUUGUGUCAGCUCUGCGCACCAGUGAAGGUGUCAAUCUGUGCGCGCUGGCUGAGGUAGACAGAAUGUUAUGCCUGCCAAAACUGAAACACAGGCUGCGCCUCUGUCCAGAGGAGGCAGUUGACGAAUCCGCUAUCACGGGAGAACUGCUGCGCGGAGUUACUGAAGGAGUCAAAACUGCCCUGCUUGUGGGAACGGCCGACAUCCUUGUGUCGGGUAUACACAUAGGAAGACCAGACAAAGACUGCCUCGUCGAUCAGAGGCUUCAUGGAGUGGAGCAGUCAGAUGACAUAGCAAUAGACUGCGCAAAUCUGAAUGCGAACGAAGGUCUUAGGCUUCUGGUUCGACCCUCAGAAAUUGCUUGUCUUCAAGCAACUCCCCAUGAGAAGCCGCCAAUUUGCCCAACGACAACUAACAAGGAGGUCUCACAAGUCAGGUUCGGUGACUUCAGCACACGCCUGGCUCGUUCGGAAGAAUUCUCGUCACGCAGAGCAAGCUGCACGCAAAAUGUGGACUCCCUGUUGGCGCCGAUACUUGCGACUUUGUUGCGUGGGCGUUCACGAUAUGCGUCGAACUCCCUCACUACAAAGGAAUCGAUGACGUCAGAAAGCGAAGGAUUGUCAGCCCGGCUACACCUCCGUGCGCCAGAUGGCUUUUUAGUCAGCAAUGAUAUCCUUAGUGACAUUCUCUGCUCGCUUGAUGAUUACGAAGACGAAAGCCGGUUCUCAACGUAG